GACGAUUAAAGCAAGACAAUGGAUUGGGGAGCUCUGCAUACCAUUUUAGGAGGUGUAAAUAAGCAUUCCACCAGCAUCGGGAAGAUAUGGCUCACAGUCCUGUUCAUCUUCCGUAUCAUGAUUCUGGUUGUGGCUGCAGAGAGAGUCUGGGGAGAUGAACAAGAUGACUUUAUCUGUAACACUCUGCAACCUGGUUGCAAGAAUGUUUGCUAUGACCACUUUUUCCCCAUCUCUCACAUCAGACUCUGGGCCCUGCAGCUGAUCUUUGUUUCCACACCUGCGCUGCUGGUGGCCAUGCAUGUAGCUUACAGGAGGCAUGAGAAGAAAAGGCAGUUCAGAAAGGGAGACCAGAAAUGUGAGUAUAAGGACAUUGAAGAAAUCAGAAGACAGAGGUUUCGUAUUGAGGGCUCAUUGUGGUGGACGUACACCAGCAGCAUCUUCUUCAGACUGGUCUUUGAAGCAGUCUUCAUGUACGCAUUUUAUUUCAUGUACGAUGGGUUCCGAAUGCCUCGCUUAAUGAAAUGUAACGCUUGGCCCUGCCCCAACACAGUAGACUGCUUUGUUUCUCGACCUACUGAAAAGACAGUGUUUACUAUUUUCAUGAUUGCUGUGUCUAGCAUUUGCAUUCUUUUAAAUGUGGCUGAAUUAUGUUACUUACUGACAAAAUUUUUCCUCAGAAGGUCUAAAAAAGCUGGAAACACAAAACAUCACCCCAACCACGAGAAUAAGGAAGAAACCAAACAAAAUGAAAUGAAUGAGUUAAUAUCUGAUAGCUGUCAGAACACAGUUAUAGGAUUUUCAAGUAGCUAAGAGGGUGUCAAUGCUGGUGUUCACUUUUUUGAGUGAAUGUUCUUUGUUUAAAGGCUGCAAAUAAAAUUUGUUAUAUUAGACAAUUUAAGUUGGGUGAGACUUUGAUACAUAGUGUCAGGUGUCAAUUAUGCACAUCUGAAAAAAGUCAGGGCAGCCUAAAUGUGAAAAUUGUGAGGAUUAAAUAGGAAAGUGUAUCUUCCUAUGAGAACCCUUACAAACUGACUAUGACAAGUGAGAAACCCACCAAUACCUUCAUGCUGACACAGCUCCUGAAAACUACAUGCGACAGCAAUAAGAACAAAAUUCUUUACAAGCUAGAUAUUCUAGUAUUACAA